CAUGUGAGCUGAGCGGCCGGCUCUCAGCUCGUCGCAAGAUGGCGGCGGGCGCCCCGGACCCCCUGGAAGAUAUGCUGCUCUUCUCCGAAGAGGUGGACGAGAAGGCGGUCAGCGACCUGGUGGGCUCCCUGGAAUCACAGCUGGCCGGCGGGCGGGGCUCCGCCGAGGGGGGCUCCCCUCACAGCAGUCCCCCAUCCCACCGGCAGCAAGAACACCAGGGGAGCCUGGUGGAGGGCGGCAGCCCGGUCCAGCAACAGCAGCAAGGGCAUCCUGCUCCUCCUCAUUUCCCCGGGGCAGGGGAGGCAGCCAGGUGUCCAAGUGCCGUGGACACCCCACCCCCCGCCCAGGGGGCACCCCCAGCCUUGCCCCCGCCAGCGGCGGCGGCCGGGAGGGCAGCGAGUGUAAACAGUAGUAGCAUGCAGCAAUCACAUGGAGCAGCUCCUUGCAGCAGCAGCAGCCCGAGUGUACCUGCUACCCCUGCCCCACUGCAGUCCGCUGCCCCACCUCCGCCUGUUGGCGCCCCAACCCAGCCUGUCAACAGCCACGUGGAUGCCAAUGCCGCUGCUGGCAGUGGUGCCCGGGAAAUGGAGAGCCCCAGACCUGGGUGUAGUUCUCCGGCAGCAGCCGCUGGUGCGAUGGACAGUGUGUUGCUGCAUAACUCCGAGGCCGCCACUGCUGGAGAGUUGCCCGAGGCUGCCGGUGCUGUCACUCCAGUAGCAGCAGCCGCAGCAAGUCGGGAACUUGCAAAGGCGGUAAUGCUGGGUAGUACAGCUGCUGCUGCUCCUCCUCCUCCUGUUCUCUCUCUUCUCCAGGGACCUGUGCUGCAUACUGUUCCUCCUGCAGCACACAGUGGGAAUGGCACUUCUUCCAGCGAUCCUGUGGUUGUCACUCAGAGUCUAAAGGCUGGUUGUGCCCCAGCAGCAAUAACACAAGUUGUCAACCAUCAGAAUCCGGCUGUCAGCCACAGCAAACCAGACUCCUCCACAGCACAGACUAAAUUUCUCACACACAAUCCUGCAGUAAAUGCACUCAGUAACUCUACCAGUUCUGUUCCUACAAUGAACAUUGUUACCCAUCCAGCCCAAAAUUCAGUAGCCAACUGUGCCCCUGUAGUGUCCAGUCCGAUCACUCUCACUGCUAUUUCUAAACCUGCAGUUAAUAUUGUAGGACCACCUGGCUCUGCUGUUGGUAUAGCCAAAUCAGCCACUGCUAUACCUGUUGUCUCUGCAGUCCCCCAGUCGUCACCCAGACCUGCAGUGGGCACUGCUCAGAGAAUAGUUGCCCCACAAUUGAUUGUUAGACCGCCUCAGCAGACUACAAUCCAGUUGCCUCCAGGUUUUACUAUACCACCUGGUAUGGUCUUGGUGCGCACAGAAGCUGGACAGCUUGUAAUGGUACCUCAGCAGGUUUUAGCCCAGGCUCAAGUACAAGCUCAAGUACGAACACAAGGGCAAGGUCCUGCCAGCAUCUCACCCAGGCUUUCAGUGCCCACAAGUGGUCCAGUUUUUCAUUUAACAACAACCCAGCAACCUACUUCUGUAGCCGCAUCUGCUGUCCACCUGGGACUUCCAGUGCAAGCCAAAGUUGUACAAUCAACUGCUACACCAGUUAGUGCUACAUCUACUGCAACCUUACCUGGAGGCUCCACUCUGUCACACACUACAGUAUCAGUAGCUACCACAAGUUAUCAGAGUUUAAUUAAAACAACAGCAGCAACUGGAACCCCAGCAACUCAACAACCUACAGUAAUUUUUGGAGGACAAACUCAAACCCCAGCACAAGGUCAUCCACGGUUGCCACUUCCACCUCAUACGACAGCACAAGUACCAGCACAGCCCCAGGUCAUACCUAGCUCUCCUGUACCAGGGACUACAGUUGUAUCACAGGAAAUGCAAGAGAAUGUGAAGAAAUGCAAAAACUUUUUAGCUACCCUGAUAAAACUUGCUUCCCAUAAUUCACCUUCUCCAGAAACAUCCCGUAAUGUGAAAGCUCUGGUUCAGGAUUUGCUGGAUGCAAAGAUUGAUCCAGAAGAAUUUACAGGCUGCCUUCAGUCAGAGCUGAAAUCAUCUCCUCAGCCAUAUCUAGUACCUUUCCUGAAGAAAAGUCUGCCGGCAUUGAGACAAUCUUUAUUGAAUAGCCAACAUUCGGUUUUGCAAGGACAGCCAUCUCAGCAGCCGCUUCAACAAACCAAGCUGUCACAAGUUAUACCUCAACCUGCCUCUGGAAGUAUUUCCUCUAAUGUCACAACUCAGACAGUAGGAAUAAGGCAACCAAACAGCAUUUGCACAUUUGUGUCAAAUACAGUUCAGCCUCCUCAGGUUAAACUAGUACAGUCAAAUCAGAGUUCUCAACUGAUUAUCCAGUCAACAUCUGCUCAAACUGUGAAACGAAACCCUGCUUGCCAGACUACCCAGAUUAGGAUGCCAGUGGUAAUAACUCAGACCAUUAGACCUCAAGGCACAGUAGGGAAGGCACCAACAAUACAAGCCAGCCAAAGUCCUGGGGGCUUUGGUGUUCAGGUCUCUGCAAAUCAGAAAAACAAGCUGAAUGACCCUGGAGGUGGAUCUUUCAGAGAUGACGAUGACAUCAAUGAUGUUGCCUCUAUGGCUGGAGUUAACCUUAAUGAAGAGAGUGCACGAAUUAUGGCAACCAACUCCGACUUGGUUGGAACCCAGAUACAAUCUUGUAAAGAUGAACCCUUUCUUGCUGCUAUCCCUUUACAUAAACGAAUACUAGAAAUGGCUAAAAAAUUAGGAAUUACAGAUGUGCCCGCUGAGGUGGUUACCUUUAUUUCCCAUGCAACACAAAACCGACUGAGAACCAUGAUAGAAAAAGUAACAAUGGUAACACAGCACCGAAUGGAAUUGCACAAAGAUGAUGAAUGGUAUGAACAGGCUACAGAUGUUCGAUCACAGCUGAAGUUUUUUGAACAGUUGGAGCGUUUAGAAAAGCAAAGAAAAGAUGAACAAGAGAGGGAAAUUUUGUUAAAGGCAGCCAAGAGUCGCUCAAGGCAAGAAGACCCAGAGCAAGCUAGGCUGAAACAAAAAGCAAAGGAGAUGCAGCAACAAGAACUAGCACAGAUGAGGCAGAGGGAUGCCAACCUAACUGCAUUGGCAGCUAUUGGUCCACGAAAUAAACGGAAGCUUGAUUCACCUGGCUUACUUACCAUAGGAAGAGAGGCUUUGGGCAUGACCAGUGGAGGUCAGGCUGGUUAUGGGGCCCCUUCAUCCAGACAGUAUACGCGACAGAAAAUAACUCGAGUGAACCUCAGGGACUUCAUCUUUUACAUGGAACAGGAAAGAGAAACUAGCCAUUCUCUCCUGCUCUACAGAGCUUUGCUUAAAUAAAGCCAAGAAUUGUAC